CACUUAAUUAAACGGUUUAUUACAGUCGUUGAUUUUGUCUCUUGUUUUUUAUGAGUCGUAAAUUUUAUUAUCAGCAUUUUCGUAAUCAAAAUUUUAUUUACUUUAAUGCGAGUAAUCUUGGCGAAUUAUUUAACAUACAGCGACAAGUUUUCCUCUGUUUUUCGGCCGUCAAGAUUUACGUGAGAUAACGUAGCGUAAAUGACAAGCCAGUCGAUCUGGGGCAUCGGGCCAUAUUUUUCACUCUAUUCUCUGAGCUUGCAUUUCGCGCUUCUGUAAUUAUUGUUUAUGUAUGUGGUGGAAUUUAUCGGAGUGAUAUAUACAUGAAGGAUAAAGUAAUGAAUUUAUGAGUUGGGAAUUUAUAAGCUGGAAAGGACAUACCUCAUCUGAAUCAUUCACAGCUCAUAAAAUGUCCGACUCAGGAACGCCAGGGAAGUACCGACGCGUGAUUGGCGUGUGCAGGAUAGUUGUUAUUGUCCUGAGUGUGGCCGUCAUCGCUCUUAUCGUCGCCUUUGCGCUCGUGGUGUCCCAGAUGCAGAAUAAAUUGGACUCCAAAACGGAGAGCUGUCCUGCAAGCAGCAGCAGGAUAAAUCUUGAUCCGCCAGACGUUUUACCGCCAUUUCAUGAUCUCACGCGAGAAGAGAUUUUGUCAAUAAAAGAAUAUUUAUACGGACAAUCGGAUUUAAAUCUCGUUAAGCCGUCUGAAAUUGCGUGUAACGUGAGUUACAUUUAUACUAUGGAACUUCAUAUUCCUAACAAAGAACAAACUUUAAAUUUUCUUGACAAGGGUAGAUCGCCGCCAGAAAGAGAAGCCAGUGUUGUUAUAUUCAGAGGCGACAGGCCCGAGCCUUAUGUGCAGGAAUAUAUCGUGAGCCCACUACCUAAUCCAAUAAGGAAGAAAGCACAGACCCCCCGGCCUUUUCGAUACCGUCCGUUAACUGCUCCUGAAAUCGUCGGAGCGGUUACUAAGCUGCAUGUGGAAAUAAAAAGUAAAGUUGGUAAAAUUUUGGAAGAAAGUUAUGGUGGAACAUUGGGGGACUGCGCUGAAAAUUGUCUAGAAUUCCAAAUGAUAACGCCAAUGUCCCCGGCAUCGUCCGGAGAGACGAUGGCAAGAAAAAUGUGGUUUUGGCUCACACCUGUUGUUGAGUUUUGGAGUCUCCAUCCAUUAGACUUUCUCGUACUCAUGGAUCUUACAAGUAAUGAGGUUGAAAAAUAUACUAUAGACAAGAUUUAUUAUGGUAAUCAGAUGUUCAAAAGCUUAGAAAACCUUCUUAGAUCUUAUGAAACCGGCUCUGUCACAAAAACAAAAAUUGCCUUUCCGACAAAGGAUAAGAAGCUGUAUUCUUCAAUGAACAGGAGGGGAACAUUAUUUCCAGAGGAGCCAUUAUUACAACCUACGGCUUUUGAACCAAGUGGAAAAAGAUAUUCUAUAGAAGGUCGGCAUAUCAAAUACAUGGGAUGGGACUUUGACAUAAGGAUGUCUACUAUUUCGGGUCCUCAGAUGUUUGACAUCAGAUAUAACAAUGAAAGAAUUGUUUAUGAGUUAAGUUUGCAAGACAUUGCCGUAUUUUACUCAGCCGACAGUCCGGCUCAGAGAUUUGCAGAUUAUGUGGAUAGCGUAGCUUUAAUUGGGUCACGGGUUCGGUCACUUGUUUCAGGAACCGACUGUCCGUCCCAUUCAACUUACCUCAGUGCUGACCAUGUUAUUGAGUCAUUAGAACAGCCAUUCCAUGUUGAUAGGGCUUUCUGUGUGUUUGAGCAUAACACAGGUCUUCCACUGCGCAGGCAUUUAUCUAGUUCCGGUACAAUGUUUUACGAAGGAAUGAUGGAUAUUGUACUUACAGUUCGAACAAUAGCAACAGUAGUUAAUUAUGAUUAUAUUUUUGAUUUCAUUUUUCACCAAAAUGGCGCGGUUGAGGUUAAAGUUGUGUCUACAGGAUAUAUACUGACUUCCUUCCGAUUCCAACCAGAAGAUAAUUACGGCUUCCGGUUGCGCGAUCAUGUGACCGGAAAUAUUCACCACCAUAUGUUCCACUUCAAAACGGAUAUGGACAUACACGGAACGAAAAACAGGUUUGAAUAUAUAGAAAUAAAGCCGAUUAAGAUUGAUAAUACACAGUGGUCUAUAGAAGACCGAGCCAGAUACACCCAAACAAGAAUGGUUCGAAAUCAAGUGAAAUCAGAAAAAGAGGCAGCAGUAAAGUAUAGUUUUGACAAGCCAAAAUAUCUGACAUUCUACAACAAUAAUGUUCUAUCGCCUUAUGGUGUACCAAGAGCGUACAGACUGUUCACAAGAGGAAUUUCAAAACAGAUGGUCGAAGAAGGCACAGGACAAGAACCAUCUGUAUCGUGGUCACGGUACCAAGUUGCUGUAACCAAAUACAAGGAAGAGGAAAGACGUAGCAGCUCCAUGUAUGCUAUCUGGGACGCCAAGGACCCUGUUGUCAAUUUUCAGAGUUUUAUUGACGACAACGAAAUAAUAAAUGACGAGGAUCAAGUGACCUGGGUGACUAUGGGCAUACAUCACAUCCCACACAUGGAGGAUAUACCCGUGACCCCAACAGUCGGCCUUGACCUUGGAUUCUUCCUUCUUCCUUACAAUUAUUUUGAUGAGGACCCUGCGAUGGGAUCCGGAGAUGCCUUACGUAUAGAACCUAGCAGUCAGCGCACAUUAAACCAUGGACUUAAUAUUUACAAUUACGGAAAGUCAGGUCAUAAACAAUGCCUACCGGAACAGUCUACAUUUAUGAACGAUAUAAAGGAAAGGCCAAACAGUAUUUUUGAUAAGCCAACGGGUGAUGUUACUAUUUAAAGCGAUUUAGUAAAUAUAUUGAAAUAAUGUGAUACAGCAAAGAUUAGGGCGCAAUUUCAAACUUAUAAAAGUACGUGUACCCGACAGUAGAAAGCGUCUGCAAAAAUUUGUCGAGGUGCUUCCGAAACGUCAGACGCUUAUUUUGAUAAAGAAUAAAAUUCUACACGUACUCGUAGCACGAAAUUGCUAUCGCUCUAAUAUUAGAAUAGUGUGAAUGUGUUGGUUUUUUCAAAGUGCAGCUUAUAACAAUGAUGAAAUCAUUUUUUUGUGCAUUGAGAUUUGUUGAUAAAGAUAUCCCCGUUCAGAAUACUCUUCACAGGCACUCUGCGGCUGAACGUAUAGCCGCCGUGUAGACUACGCACCGUGUUUAGACUGAUAUUUAUAUCUUUACAUUUAUAGAUACCAAAUAAUUUAAAUGAUUUGCCAAUUAUGAUAAAAAGACAAGGUAGUUCACUAACCUGGUUUUCAACUACCGGAAGUGGAUUGACGCCGGUUUGGAAAUGAAAACGACAUAUUCUGCGUAAUUUGUAGAAAGAGCUUGGUUCAAGGCGUUGGUUGAAACUCCCUUGUCUAUUUCCAUUUUAUUUUAUCAGAAAAUUCUGAAUAUUCUAAACAAGCAUUUUAAUGGAAAGUUUUGUUUUAUUUGGUAACUAUAUAUUAAAAGUAUUUCAGAUAAGAUACAUAUCGGUCAAAGAAUAGCCGGUAAUCAACACUGCUGCUAUAUCAUAUGUCCUGCCGUAGAGUACCAGUGAAUAAUCUGAAAAAAAAGGGGAUCUCCUAUGGAAACCUAUUUGUUACUUCUGCUGGUAUUGGAUUAUAUAUCAAGGGAUGUAACUCUGUGUUAACAUAUUUCAGAUUCAUUCGUGAGUUGUUUGCCAUAGUAAGACAAUCCUAAUUAUAACAAUGUAUGUAAUACAUGUUCUACAAAAGAGAAGCUUUCUCUCAGGACUGCGUUUUAGAUCAACCAUUUACAUGUUAUUUGGAAACCUAUGUUCAUUUCAUCCCUUUUGCGCAAAACUACUGUAACUGCAUAUAAAGAAAGAUAAAUGUACGACAGUUUCGCGCUGUGGCGACGAUAAGAUUUCACUGGGUAUUAUAUAUGCGUUUUGUAUAAAGAAAAUUCACUUUCCCUUUUUGAACUGAAAGUUCAAAUGGUCAAAAUUUUAUUCGAUUAGGGCAACACGGGUUUUUGCAGGAAUUCAGAAGAGCACACUUGUAAUUACCGUAAAAGUUGUAUCGUAAGCCCAACAAGUUGAGACAGGACUAAAAAAAAACCUCCUGUUUCGCGUGAUUUUGUUCAUACACUUGUAAUGACUUAUUCAUUACCUUUCGAAAUCGGCGCCGAACGUGCGCCUUUAGUGGUUUCGACCCCACCCACCUUC